ACACUGGUCGGACAUCAACUCCGAGGGAGACUAGUUUUCCGUCUUCUCCAACUCGCACUAGUCUUUCGUCAACUCCUAGGAACUCGUUUGCCAUGGCGACACUAGUCUGCAGUCACGUCUUCCGUCAACUCCAACUGUCUCGGAACCGCGACGCGGACCAGCAUCGACUAGCAUUGAUUAGCAGGGUUGUGCUCUACACAUCUCAAUGUCGACAAGGAUCGAAUAGCAUGGUGGAUGGCUGCCAUUACCGCGAAGGAACCUCCAAGCGGCGUGCAGCGCGCUAGCGUAGUGAAAUCAAAUCCAUAUCUUCGGCCGCUUGUCGCAUAAACAACUCCACGUGUCACAUGUCCGCGUCGUCAAAUUCAAGGAAAACGUUCGCCUCGAGCACCCUCGGCGUGUGCGACGAAUCGCUCGCGUCAGCUGCUUCCGCAAGGCCGCUCACUCCAGCAGUGUCGCUCCGUCCGUCUCGGGGCAAAGUCCCUCUCCUUCCAGCGACAUCGCCGUCCUCCUCGGAGACUCGGAGUCCCGAAACCCGAGACUCGGAGUCCCUAAACCCGGAGUCCGGAAACGUCUCUCCCCCGCCAUUGUCUCCCCUGCCAUCUCGUUACCUCCAACAAUCAUGUCUCUCGCGGUGAUUCCGCCUGCCACCCUGCCCACCAACUCGUUGGACCACUUUCGUAAUGAUGCUCAAAACCGACAUGGACGAAGCCGACUCGGACGAAGCCACCUCGGACCAUGCUAAAGCCGACUCGACUUGGGCGACGCACGUGCAGCCGGCGCGAUGCUCCAUGGACCAGGGGAUCCGCGAACGGCGUGCGAAGAUCCACGCGACCAUUCGUUCAGUGAACCACGAGCACCAUGUCAUUCCGUGGAAUCUGGUUCCUCCCUGCCACCUCCCUCCCUGCCACCUCGCUCCCUGCCACCUCCCUCCCUGCCACCUCCCUCCCUGCCACCUCCCUCCCUGCCACCUCGCUCCCUGCCACCUCGCUCCCUGCCAUCUCGCACCUCCCUGCGAAUGCGCUCCUCCCUGCGACCUCGCUCCGAGCGACCUCCUGCCGUGGCACCAGGCGUUCGUGCGCCACAGUCGUCAGCAGGAGGCGGGGCUGGCGCGCUUUCCGUGUGCCUGCAUUGUUCGCUUGGCUCAAGCUCCGUGGCUUGCUCUCCCGGGGUCAUAUCCCCUCAGAGGAAAGCAGCUGGUGCCGCUUGGAGCUAUCCCACUCUGUAGUUGCUUCUGUGUCGCUGCCGGGACCAGGCAGUGUGCCUACCAGUGGUGAUUUGAAACCUUGAACCCUGAUAUUGAAGCCGCUUCCUCCGGUGUUCCAUCUCCUAGCGCUGCAGCACAUGGUUCCAGCAGCACUGACUCACGUCCUCUCAUCUGGACGUCAGCUUAGUGCUGUCAGUUGCGCUGUCGCUUGCACUGUCUGGCACCGCUAACAACGCCAAGCAGGGCUCUGCUGAUAUUGGCGCUAACGUGCGCCUGUAUCUGCUGACAUUGCUGCUAACGUGCGCCUGUAUCUGCUGAUCACCCUGCCUGGGCGGCGUUGGCUGAAGCGUGAGUCCGUUCCUGCUGUGAAAGUGAAACGCGUUCUUCUAGUCCAAGCAGGGUGAAAGAGUAUUCUGCGUGCCAUGGCAAUGGGCCUAUUCGGCCUAAACGGGUUGAGUAUAAGCUGCCUCUAGUAGGCGGGUACUGCACGCAGCAGCCAAGGGCCUUCAAUCGCGUUCACAGAAAUUCCCCCUCGAUGGAAAUGAUCAAGGAAGACGUGAGAAGCCUUAGAAAGCGCUUUAAGGUCGCCAUGGGGAAUGUUACAACGUGUGUCGGGGCGAACCUGGCUUCUGCUUGUGGACCCCCUUGUCUGACGAUGCUGCUGCUGCAUCUGCUGCUGCUCCUCCUCCCCCUGUGCCCGCUUACACGAGCUCAGCCGUCUCCUUUCCCCUUCUUCUCCCCUUCCUCCUCCUCGUCCCCCUCCUCCACUUCCUCCUCUGCUGCUCCCAAUCUCGCUUCAACACCCCCCUCCAUCCUCCCUCCUCUAGCUCCCUCCACGCCAUCAUCACCGCUUCCAGCCUCGUCAGCAGCUGCAGCAUCUCAACUGCCCCAGUCAUAUCCAGCCACGUCAGCAGCACAGCCAUUACAACUACAGCCUGCUAUUGUCCGUACAGAUCCCAUCCUCUUCCCUCCGCCUCCCCCACCUUUCCCCCUCACCUUCUCCCUGCCCUUCCAGUUUUCUUCCAGUGACUCCCCACCCUCUUCCACGCCCUCCCCUCCCUCACCUUCCUCUCCCUCCCUCACUCUCUCCCUCACUCCCUCGCUCCCUCUCACUCCAUUCCUCUCAACUGCACCCUCACCACCUGCCACUGCUUCAUCCCCUUUCACACCUCCAGCGGUUGCUCAAAGCAGUAGAGAGCCCCUCCCCUCCCUCUCUCCCUCCUCUCUCCGCACUCCUCCCCCCUCACUUCCUAUCCCUGCUCCCCGCCCCUCCUCACCCUCCACUCGCCCCUCCUCUCCCCGGGCACGGCCCACCUCGCCCUCCUCUCGCCCCUCCGCUAACGCCUCCUCCCCCCCGCCUCUCUCCCAACGCUGCCUGUUCGCGGGCCAGCAGCAGCCCUGUGUGUGCCUCACACAGCCAGGCUUGUCCGACCCAGCACCACAGCAGAACCAGUCCAACACCUCUUCUGCUGCUGCUGCUCCUGCUGCCCCUGCUGCUGCUGCUGCUGCUGCUGCUCCUGCUGCCAGCACAAGUGUCCCUCGUCGCGCUCCUGUUGCUGCUGUCGUCCGCUUGUCUCUCGCUGCCCCUGUUGCCAUCCCAGGGCUGCAAGUGUGCCUCGUGACAGGCUUCUUUGGCCCGUGCACGUGCAUUCCUGAUGACCCGAGCAAGCAGCCAGACCCAAGCCCUGGUGGUGCGCCAUCACCAGGAGCGGGUGGUGCGCCACCAGACCUCAACGGCUCCAUGUCACCACCGGGCCCAGGCGUGGCUGGUCCAGUAGGCAUCACCCCCACCUCCCCCUCUGCCCCCUCGUCUCCCAACUCCUCCGCCCCAUCCUCCUCACCCUUCUCUCGUGGUCGUCCUAUGCCGGCCCCACCUGCUCCUUCUCCUGCCCCGCUGGACAACUCCCCUGCUCUCGAUGCCGCUCCACCUCCUCAACCGAUGAGCGUGCAGCAGCUGGCCAUCACAGGGGCAGCAGUGGGCGGCGUACUGGCUCUGGGGCUCAUCCUGCUGCUGCUGUUCGCUGCUGUGGGGUGCUGCGGAGACGUGUGUGGGGGGCUGUGUGUUGGGAUGUGUGGGGGGCUGUCUGGGGCGAGGGAGAAAGGUGACGAGGAGAGCAUGUGGGUGGGUGAGUGGGGAAAGCGAGGGGGGUAUGAGAAGGUGGAGAGGGGCAAGGCUGCUCGACUGACCGUGGGUGGGAAGGGGCAGCAGGUGAGGGAGGAAAGAAGGAAGACGAGGAGAGGUGGGAGAGAGCGGCGAGGUGAAGUGGAAACGGAGAGGCACCAUCACAGGGAUAGGCCGUGGCACGUGAAGGGGGAGCAGGAGAAGAAUGAGAAGAGGGUGGAGCAGGAGAAGCAACGGCAGCCAGAGGGGAGGGCAGAGGAGAGGAAAGGGCAGCAGCUGCAUGCGCCAGCACCAGGACACAGGGCCCAUCAACGACAGCAGCACCUGCACUCUCAGCAACUGACGCGGCAGGGGCGAGUGCAGAAACCGCAGCAGCAGCCGCAGCAGCAGCAGCAAUGGCAGCAGCCUCAGCAGGGGCAGCAGCAGGAGGCGUGGCAGGUGGAGAGAGAAGCAAGUGGGACAAGUGGGAAUGCACAGGUAGCAAGGGCACAAAAUAGCCUCGCACUGCCAGUGGGACAGAAGCAGCAGCAGCAGCCGCAGCAGGAGGAGAGGCAAGAGCAGAGGAGGCGGAAUGCGCUGGUAGGAGAGCAGCAGAAGCCUCUGGAGAACCAAGAUGAGGCGCUUCUGAGUAGCGGCAUGGGCCCAGCUAUGGGGGUGGUUGAGCGCACGGGCGUGGCUUCAGCCGUGGUUUCAAGUGUGCCUGCAGUUUCUGGCAUGGGCACUGGCGUGGGCACAACAGGUGCGGCAGCAGUUGUGCUGCCGUCCGUUGAGCAGCACAUGGGAUGGCUGGAAGCACGGGCCGACCAGCAGCAGCAGCAGCAGCAGCAGCAGCAACGGGCAGGCAUCCAGGAGCCACAGGAGGCAGGGGUCCAGCAAGCGCAUCAGCACAAGCAGCAGCAACGCCCAUCGUUUACCCUGUCCUCACGUGCUGCCGAACAACAGGCAGCUAUUUCACGUGGCAUGGCCAAGCCAGGGGGAGAGGCCGACCCAAGGAGAGGAACUGGGCCAAGGGAUGUGGGCGGCUCAUCGUAUGCUGACGCUGGGCAGAUGAGGAAGAAGCAGCGAGGCAUGGGGCAGACUGACCCAGGCGAGGAUUCAGCUGUUACAGUUGCUGUGCUGCCCUCAGGGGAGACCGUGGACGUGGAGCGAGUUGUGAUAGGGGGAUUUCAGCAGAUCGCCCCUCCCCUUCUCUCCCACCACAUGGGUCUCCUCUCCCGCCUCUCCCACCCUCACAUCGUCGACACUCUUGGCUACAAGCUGCUGGGCGGCAACGUUUGCCUGGUAGCAACAGCCCGCAUGUCGCAGGGGACUCUGCUCCAGUGGCUCAGACCAUCCUCCCCCCCUCUCCUGGACUGGCCUGCAAGGGUGCAGGUAGCUCGAUCUGUGGCCCGAGCUCUCGCAUUCGCCCACUCGUGCGAUCCCCCGCUGCCACAUGGUGCGCUCUCCUCGCGCCAUGUGGCGUUUGGGGGUGACCUCAAACCGCGUGUCAGCGGCUUUGCUGCUGCAAGGCUGAGGAGGCUGGGAGGAAGGAGCAUCAUCUCAUCGCUCAACCCUUGUGUUCUGCCUGGGGGUCCUCCACAAAGAGCAUCUUCUGGCGCUGCCCAAGAUGACGUGGCAGCUGAUGUGGCAGUUGAUGUGGCAGGGUGCAUAGCAGCGGACAUUCACAGCUUCGGGCUCAUUCUCCUGCACCUCCUCACCGGCCGUGACUCAUUCCUUUCGCCCACUGCCGCCUCUUCCUCCUCCCAUCCCCCCUCCUCCCUCACUCCGCAAGUCCAGCAUUUGCUCUUUCAGCUUGGUUCCGCAUGUGAGCGCAUGGACCAUGCACAGCUGCUGGCGUUAGCUGAUCCCUGCCUCGCCAUCAAACGCCUACCCACCACCAUGUUGAGCUUCGUGGAGUUGGCUGUCAACUGUGCAUCUACGCUUGCUGAAAUCUCCUCAAUGAGGGAGGCCAGUCAUCGCCUCAAUGUCCUUGGCAUCAUGGCAUUAGAUUUUUAAAGCAUGAAAGACUCAGUGUAUUAUUAUAGGAAAAUCAGUGAGGUUAAAAUCUCAUGGAUUAAACAGAUCAACAAGAAGGAUUUGCCAUCAAGCGGAUGUGGUUUUCACAUAAGCGCAUUGUAUC